CAUCCGGUCCGCUGGUCAUUUCCCUGCUACAGUACAGUCAAUAAUCUGAUCCACGAUCAGUUUACGUCCGUAAAUUCUUUUUAUCGGCAUAAGGUUUGGUUUAGUCAGAACUGAUUCUGCAUCAGCUUCACAGUGAACGGCAAUUUCACCUUGACAUCAAGUAUGGCGACGGCUACGAAAAUUAUCCAGAGGCUGAGGAAUUAUCUGUCAGGGCAAGAUCUCCAAUCGAAACUUCAACUUCGAUACACUGAAGUUGCAAAAAGGACUCAGCCACCACCGAAGCUUCCUGUUGGACCCAGUCAUAAAUUUGCAAACAACUACUACUGUACGAGAGAUGGACGCAGAGAGAUGGUUCCACCGACUGUGAUCAUGUCUUCACAGAAAGCUCUGACAGCUGGAAGUGAAGCUUCUGGAAAACCCAAACACCAGGUUGUACCAGGGCAGCAACUGAAGGAACUUCCAGUUACUCUCGACUAGAUUUCUUCUGUAAAAUAUGUAUAAUUCUUAAUAAAGUAUGUGUAUAGACGAGAAA